CACAAUUCAGAGCUGAUGUUUUUUUUCCGAAAGCCAUGGCUUUGCAAAGGAAUUAUUGGGGAAUACAUGCCGACUGGAUUUGGAUAUAAUUUAGAUCCUAACUAUGGACCUGUGUCCAUGAUAACGGAAGACAACAAACUAGUACAACAGCUUCCGCUCGGUCAAAUUAAAGAAGAGAGAAUUAAGGAAAGUCCUAGUCCUAACGAAUAUGCCAAAAUGGGUCCGCAGAUGGCUUCCACCAAACUUAUAAAGUCGGAACCGGCAAUGAUAAAGGAUAUUAAGACUGAAAGUGGACAUUCAAUACACCCUAAGGAUCAACCAUCUGCUGGUCAAUCACCUGGACAGACCCCUCUAAGUACUUACGGUGGAAUGUUCCCUCGACAUGGAUUAAACGUAGGAUCAUCAUCACAGCCACCCCAACAUUUAAAUCGUGAAGAUGAUUUAAGACGAUUAUUCAAUUACUCUGAUCAACGAAGGUCAAGCACGUCGAGUAGUUCAUCAGUUUCCAACCUUAAUCCCAAAGAAGAACCUCCUACGGCAUCACAAACAGCUCCCGUUCAUCCACCUUUGGGUUCAGGACAUAAUCAAAAUCCUAUACAGUCUUCUACUAACGCUUCCCAACAACAGCAACAACAAAAGAAUUCAAAGAAUUCAUCAUCAUCACAAAAACAACAAAAGGAUAUCAAAACUGAGGAUAAGGAAUUACUUAAAGUGAAACAAGAGGGUCAAAAACCUACUAUGGAAACCCAAGGACCUUCGCCUCCGCCAACUUCGCAGUACUAUCCUCAUUCUCUUUACAUGAGUGCGGCUCCGUUUGGAUUUGAUCCAAAUCACCAAAUGUAUAGGAAUAUGCUCGUCCCAACGGCAUCAUAUAGUGCACCUCCAUAUCAUUUGCAAAUACCACGUUACACAUCGCCUGAGGACUUGUCGCGAAAUCCUAGUACAAAAGCUUUAGACUUACUACAGCAUCAUGCCAGUCAAUACUAUAACUCACACAAAAUCCAUGAGCUAAGAGAGAGUGCGCUUAAAAGUCCUACCAGCAACGUUAAAGUAAGCGUAUCUAGUCCCAAUCUUCCUCAGCCAACCAGUCAAAAUCCUAACAUGUGCAUUCCUUCAUCAAAUAGUAGCAUCAAUAGCUCAGCGUUAUCGUUACAGCAACAGCAACAGCAAGCUCCGCCCUCUGCACACCCCCAACAGUCACCAUCCGGACCUCCACAAGGUGGGCCAAAUGCUGGUAGUGGUGGAUCAGGCAGCGGUGGAGUGGAUUUACAGAAAGAAGGCGGUCCUACAAGCUUGGCUCAAGGCUCCACCCCAACUGGGGCACCUUCACAGCAGCCCGGUGCACCUCAAAGUGGUGCAAGGAGUCCACCACCACAGCGACAUGUGCACACGCAUCAUCAUACACAUGUCGGCCUCGGAUAUCCGAUGUUUCAGGCUCCAUAUGGAGCAGCUGUACUGGCAAGUCAGCAAGCGGCGGCAGCUGUCACAGUCAUCAGUCCGUUUCAAACAGGACCUCCAACUAAGUAAAACAAGCAUAUGUUUUUCGUAAGUGAUAUGGUGCGGAAAACGUUGAUAUCGUUUUCCACUAAUACAAUCAAUGGAACAGAGGGGCAGGCAAAGCGCUUCGAUGAUUAUGCUGAUUAGGGAUGCACAUGACAAAUUCAGUGAACAAACAGGAGAUGAAGCAAAAGUGUGAUAGAAUAGUUUUUAUAUAUUAGACAUAUGAACGAUGGCGAUACAAAAAAGUACGACAACAUAAUGCUUUGCCCACCUUCAAUAGUUGAACGGCACGAUUAAGUGUUUUUACUGGCGUACUAAGAAUGAGGUUUUAACUGAAAUAAGGAACAUUGUAUUGCGUAGGAUUAAAGUUAGAACCGUACGUUUAUUAUUGAUAACCUUAGCGUAGAGACAGAUUAAAUGCAAAAAUAUCUAUUUUUGUACAAAAAUCGAAAAUAAGUAAAAAUAUUACACAAUUUUACUAGUAGCGCAACUCUAUGGUAAACAGUAGGUAAUUAUGGUCAUUAGCUGAUUACUGGUAAUAUUCUGACAACCAAGUGUGUACAUAAAAAAUAUGAAAUAAUAUUCUUCGACGAUGGUUUUACCCAAAGGUAUCAUCAAGUCAAUCAAUUUGCAAAUUUUCAAUACGAAAACGUAAAUCAAUUUCCCUUCAUUCAGAAGGACGAGGUAAACAUGUUAAAAAAUAUCACCAACAAUAAGUGUAAAUAUAUCGUUACUUUAAUAAUAAAACAAAAUAGCCUGUUUCUUCUUGAAUGUUCCACAUAAAUUCAACUUUCUCUAAAGUGAAACAAAAAGUACUGUAAUAUUGGAAUCGGUCUACAAAUUUUGAUUUGCAGUGCUGCAAAUAACUGCCUAUAUUACUUUUAGAAUCUCGGGUAACGUUUUGUCAGACCAAAUGAAACGCAAUUGAAUUCGAGGGGUAAAUUCAUCUAAUCAUUCUUCUUUUGUUGUUUUUCGGAACAUUCGAGCGCAGCUAUGACUGAUAAACACUUGAUCGGAGCCCAUCGUAGAAGCAAAGCUUUCGCGAAUAUUUACAGAAAUAAACAGAAGUUAGUAGUGUUGAAAAGUGUAAAAUCUGCAUUCUUUACUCACCAAUAAUGUUUGAAUAUACGGGUGUAAAUUGCUGCAUAAACGACUGUGGUGGAAAAUGGUACAGUGGUGUAGAGCUACACAUGAAUUACCCAUAAUUUGUUAAACGAAAAACUAACGAUUAGAAAAAAAAAUCUUCUCACACCAUCACUAACGGGAAGUAGUUAUUUUAAAAACGAAUUGUAAACAAAGCUUUAGGUGUGAAAUACUAACUAUUAUAGUGAGAUAACAAUUAUUAUACCGUACAAGAUCAACCGUUGGUGAAUAAAUAAUUGAAAAUGAAGUUUUAUGCACAGAACAUCAAUGUUCAUAUUCAUCUGUCUAGAAGAGUCGAACUGGCAUUUCAAAGACACCGGUUCCGAGAUAGUAAACGAACAGAAAGUUGCUAUCCUUUUUCUCGAUAAAGAUGGAAGUUCAGAGAUUAACUACAGUAAUAUACGUGUAAAAGUAAAUUUAAAAAAUAUAAUUACGUAUAAAGCUAUUAUGUAUAGAAAUACAUUCCUUGUAUUGAAAGCAUGGUCAAAAUUAAAACAACUAUGAAACAUUGUAAA